AUGCCAGCAGCUAUGAAAGAUAGAAUGGUCGAUGGUGCUGAAGUACAUGAGCAAAUUCGAACAUUUAACAAUGAAAACAAAGACAUAGGUAUAGCUCGUACACCCAAGCGACAUCAUCCAGAUCGUGAUGAAAACUUACAGUAUUUUACACACAACGUCGAACUCUUCGUUUUUUUAUGCAACCCUCAAAAUUAUCCGGAAAAGUUAUUAAAUACAGCUAUUCAUCCAAAUCCUCCAAAAAGACUUCCUCCACAACGGUCAGCUAUACUCAAGUACGUACUAAAAGAUACUCAUAUUGACGAUAUAAAAAAGGAAAUAUCUUCUAAAUACAAAUCACUAUUUAACAUCGAAGAAAUGCGAGGGACGAUAGUUGCAAAAAAUCGGCAUAUACGCAUUGAACUAUCGGAACACAAUGAAUAUAUAAGCAUAUUAAAUACAGGGACAAUAGCAUUCGAAGGUCAAUUGAUUGAAGUCUCUGCAUUUCUUGCACCACCUCGACUAUUAAUAUGUUCACGAUACAACACACCAGGGCAUUUAAAAAAAGAAUGCAAAAAUGAUGUUGAUUUAUGUCGAAGAUGUGGUUCAAAUAGAAACGAAGGUGAACACAGAGAAUAA